AUGCCCACAUCUCGCGUGCCACCGCGUUGCCCCCGCCCCUCACGCAUCGCCCCCGGGUUGGCGAAGCAGUGGCAUUUUCGCACCAUAACCGAUCGCCGUCGGCGGAUGGUCUCCAGGCUGAGGCUUCCCGAUUGCGGGCAGCCGUUUAUAAGAGAGGGUAUGUUUGUCGAAACUGACUUGCCAGCCGGGCGGGGGGCGCCCAGAAAGGGCAUAAGGCGAGGGCUACCCUUGCCCACCGCCAUUGGUGGCGAGCAGACCCAGGUAAGCUUUUUGGGCAUCGACCCCGUAAGGAAUAUGGGGGUUCCCCCCGGCUUUUCCAUGGUCUUCCUCACAUUAAAUUUCGAGGCCGUAUGCCCUGUUAAGUCGCAACGGUAA